GAAAGACGCAUUUGGCAAAUUUUAAAUAAUGUAUUUGUUUUCGUGAAGUAAGUGUACAUUUUGGACAUGGACAAAGAUUAUGAUGACCAAGACUUAAACUCUAGUCCGGAAAUACGAAGAGGUUUAUGUAAAUCUGACAAUAACGAUUCCCUAUUUCGAGAUUUAUAUCAGUUUCCUCUUUCACCAGAUAUCAAGAACUCAACACUCAAUGCCGGUGAUGGCGUUAAUAUCACUGAUGUUUCCCAACUAAAGUUUAGUCCUAUAUAUUCACCGUCUUAUAAGAGUUCAUUGGUUGACAAUAGUGGCUUUGAUCCACUGGACUCUAAUGACACUUCCUUUGACCAUCGCUCAAGUUUAUUUGAUAAUUCUGAUAAUACGACGUAUCAUAAUGCUUUGAAAUUGAAAAGAAUACCAGAGAUUUCCAUAAGCCAAAUUCCUGAGAGUGAACAGUCUCGAAAAAGUCUAACUGGUUUUAGUGAAAACAAUGAGAUUAAAAAGCAGUAUUCUUUUGACAUACAAAAACAAGUAACCCCAAAUCUUCUGCUGAGGACUAAAAAUUUCAUGAAGAAACACCAUAGUUGCAUUGAUACCCCUCCAGCUCAUUGGAUAUCAGCACCAGUGGCCUUAACACCAAAUCGUGAUCUAGUUCACAGCUGUUCUUCCAUAGAGAAUGAAGUUUGUUUUUUGGUUAAUCAAGUACAGAGUACAGACUUUAUCACUUCAGUACAAUAUGCUCCGAAAUGUUAUAUAAAAUCACUCGAUUACUCACCUUCAUUUAGAACACCAUUUAAUGAGAUUGAUAACCCACCAAAACUACCGAAAUUCGAAGAUAACCUAACUGCUACAGUGAGUGAAGUGCGUGCGUGGAUAAACAAAAUAAUUGACGACAUUUAGUUAAAAUCCAUCACAGAUAUGAAGAUCAUAAUAUAUAUAUUUUUGGAAUUGAUCCAGUAGAAGACUGUGCUUACUGGUUUCUUCUUUUUAGUAAAACGAACUUAAUAUAAUAUUUUGUGUUGAA